ACUUAAGACGAAAACACUACUGUGGAAUUUCAUGCUGCGCGCCAUCGUAAAUUUUUAACGAAAUAGUAAAUAUUUAACAAAAAUUGAUAUUGUCUAACUUUAUCAUCGCACAGAAAAGUAUGCCUAUAAUAGUAAAAACAACUUCACCAACUUCUCUCGAAGAAUAUGCCAUCAUUGAGUUGCAAGGAGAUCUGGAAAUUCGAUCGGGAGAAAAUAUACACGAUCUUUUCAUUGGGGAUUUAUAUUAUAACAAAUAUGGCCAGCCGAUUCUUGUAAUUGGACAUCAUAUAUUACAAGGGCGUGAGCAAAAACUGGAAAAGCCCUUAGCAGUACUUGAGAAAUCAAGAACCAAAGAUAAGAAAGCUCUUUUGAACGAGUCUGGUAUUGUUUUUGAUCCAAACUCUACCUUAAAUAAAACGGUAGAUCGAACCACCCUUGAUACUACGGUUGCUUUGGAAAAUAAAUCACGCCACAGUACAGAGUAUAUAGUCAGAGCUAUUUGCACCAAAAAACUAACAUUCAAAUCACGACCAAAACCUAUUAUUGCGAAUGUUUCUAUUACAGUAUGAUAUUAAAAUAAUAUACACAUAAUUAUUAUGUUUAGUAAAAUGGGA